CAAGAGCUUGCAUGUGGUGCUUUAGUUUGCUUGAAUACAUAACUGCCUCCUUGCAUUUUCUUGUAUACUUUCAUUUUCCUGCCACAGGUCUAUUUAUUUGCUUACACUCAAAUUUUCUUCUGUACAUUUCACACUACAUCCUGUCGUAGCAGCAUCACCACUUGUCAGCUUGUUGUAAUUAAUUAAUUAUAGCUUUAAGUCAAACUGACAAUUUGAAGCUUUGUUGCUUGUGUUUGUUGCAUAUUUGUAGCUCAUAUGUCUGUGAUUGCAGGAUGAGGUUAUCCAAUCUGGUGUUCAGAUUGAGCCGCCUGGAAUGCACAUGAUUUAUCUUCCAUAUUCUGAUGACAUCAGACAUAUUGAAGAGCGUUAUUCAGAUACUAGUGGGGCGGUGACUAAAGCAAGUGAUGAUCAGAUAAAAAGGGCAGCUGAUUUAAUUAAGCGUGUGGACUUGAAAGAUUUUUCUGUUUUCCAGUUCACCAACCCUGCCUUGCAGAGACACUAUGCAGUAUUGCAGGCAUUAGCCCUGGAAGAAGAUGAGAUUCCAGAAAUCAAAGAUGAAACAUUACCUGAUGAGGAAGGUUUGGCUAGACCAGGAGUGGUAAGGGCAAUAGAAGAAUUCAAGACCUCUGUAUACGGGGAGAAUUAUGAUGAGGAAAGUGAGCAUGGAACUGGAAAGCUAACUGAAGCCGCCAAGAAAAGAAAGGCGCAUGCUGAGUUUGCUAUGAAAGAGUGUGAGAACUAUGAUUGGGGUGAACUUGCUGAAACUGGAAAGUUGAAGGAUCUGACAGUGGUGGAGUUAAAAUAUUAUCUCACAGGACACAAUCUUCCUGUUUCUGGGAAGAAGGAAGCUUUGGUUAGCCGAAUAUUAACUCAUAUGGGAAAAUGAUUAAGGGGCCAGUGUUUUGAUUACUGAUUUGGCAACCUCGAUAAGUAGAACACCCAAGACUUUUCUAGUUCUUGACCUGAUUUUGAAUUAUAUACUGAAUAGAUUAAUCAACAUAUAUCAGCAUGCAUGGAAGAUGAUAUUUUAGCAUUAGAGAUGUUACGUAAUAUAAUUUCUUAUUAUGCCUGCUAAACUACAUUAUCUGUGUUCCCUUAAACUAAAAAAGAGACGUGGAUUUACAAAAGUCUACACGAUCUUACCACAAUCUAACAGAUGAGAUUUAGUAUUGUAAGUGAUCUUUUAAUUUA